CGUUAACCUCCGGGUCUGCCCUUGUUUCGUUCCAUCCUUUACGAUACUGUACAGUAUCACUAUGUGCACCUGGCGGCUGCAUUACUAGCGGCUGCAGCCAGUUAAUGAACCGUUCCUGGAACCGUCCUCACGUGUGUUGCGACAAUACUGCAUUCCGCGACCCUCACAAACAUUGAUGUGCUGAUCGUAAUAAUAUUCACGAAAACAUUCAGCAGGGAACGUCGAAGUACAUUCCCGUCCGCCCUUUUGCAACAUGGCCGAGGAAACUCCUGCGCUUGAGCAAGGCGUGAAGAGAACGCAUGCGGAAUUCGCAGAUGGUCAACCAAUUGUCGCCGCAGCCGGCGCGUCAGAUGAAAGCGAUUCCGACGAUGACAUUGGGCCAGCCUUGCCUUCGUCAGAGGCGCCGAAGAAGAAGCGCAAGAGGCUGCCGUACGAAAAGCUCUACAUUGCAGCUUUGCCGUCAGCUCCCAGAUACUCCAAAUCGUUGAUGCACAAGGAACAAUUGUCCUUCUGUACGAUAACACCGCAUACGGAUUUCCUCAUCACCAGCUCGAUAGACGGCUAUGUCAAAUUCUGGAAAAAGGUGGCAGGAGGGAUUGAGUUCGUCAAAGAAUUCAAGGCGCACAAUGAUGAGAUCGCGAGUGUGACGGUCAGCGUGGAUGGGCGGAGUUAUGCGACAGCAGGCGCGGAUAACACCAUCAAGAUAUUUGACGUGUCCACAUUCGAUUUACUUGCUAUCUUGGAGCCUGAGUUUCCGCUGAAAUGCAUCUGCUUUGUACAUGGACAAAUGUCAUCGUUGCCUCUACUUGCCGUCUCCAGUGCGGCUGACGGUAGCAUCGUGCUCUUUGAUGGUCGAGGUGAAAACACGAAACCGCUGCAUACGAUCCAGGCUCUUCAUCGCAAGCCGGUCCAUGUAAUGGCAUAUAACAAUCAGUAUGAUUGUGUUGUUUCUGCUGAUGAGGGUGGCAUGCUCGAAUAUUGGCGACCCUCAGGAUCAUAUGAGAAGCCGGACAACGUCUUUGAGAUGAAGAGCAGCACGUCCCUGUUCGAGUUCAAGAAGGCCAAGUCGGUUCCAUAUUCUAUAACAAUCUCCCCAGACGGCUCACAAUUUGCAACAUUCUCAUUUCCAGACCGCAAGGUACGGGUCUUCACAUUCGCCACAGGCAAAUUGUAUCGUACAUACGAUGAGAGCAUCACCACUUUGACCGAGAUGCAGCAAGCAGGAACGCUGAGUAGUGAUCCACUGGAUGCGAUCGACUUUGGCCGGCGUAUCGCGGUGGAGCGCGAGCUGGAAAACCCUUUCGUUCGAUCACGAGUCAACGUCAUAUUCGAUGAAAGCGGGCACUUCAUUCUGUAUGGAAGCAUUCUCGGUACAAAAGUCAUCAACACACUUUCGAAUCGGGUAGUCAAGGUGUACGGGCGCGAAGAAACCUUUCGACCCGUUCACCUCGCGCUGUAUCAAGGACAGCCCGACAAGAAAGGUGUUGUGACAGUACAGAUGGCUGCGUCCGACAAUCCUCUCCUGGCCGAAGCAGAAGCUCGAGAUGCGAUGCUUGUCACUACAGGCUCCGCCAAGGUACGCUUUUACAUGUUCACCAACGAAGACAACGUAUCAAAAUCAGAUCGGGACAUUCACAACGAAAAGCCUCGAGUUCUGGGAUCCAAUGCAAAAACAGAAGAGGUCAAGAACGAUCGAUUUGCGACAUCCGCGACAAUCCACACGACCAUGGGCGACAUACACAUCCGAAUGUUUCCCCAGUACGCGCCAAAGGCCGUGGAAAACUUCACUGUACACGCGCGAGCGGGAUAUUAUAACGGAAUCAUCUUCCAUCGUGUCAUCCGCAAGUUCAUGAUCCAAACAGGUGAUCCACUUGGGGAUGGUACUGGCGGCGAGUCGAUCUGGGGUAAAGAGUUCGAAGAUGAGUUCACGCCGCAGCUACGGCACGAUAAACCGUACACGGUCAGCAUGGCCAAUGCAGGCCCGGGAACCAAUGCCAGUCAAUUCUUCAUCACCACGGCGCAGACCGACUGGUUAGAUAACAAGCAUACCAUCUUUGGGAGAUGUGUCAAGGGGAUGGAUGUCGUUCAUUUGAUCGAGAAUACCAAGGUCUGGCAGGAGAGGCCGGUUGAAGACAUCAAAAUCAUCAAUAUCACGCUUGGAUAGGAGCGUGUUUGAGAAGUGGAUGGGAUUUAUUGGGAGCAUGACAAAUAGUAACGCACCCCAUCCAUUCGCCGCGUUCAAAUGAACGGUAAUACUCGAAUGUUAGCCCCAUUCGCGCAACGAUACCCAUGC